AUGUUGGAACUAACAGAGACGGAGAGCAAAAUUACACUAAUUCUAAUAGUAAACACUGCUUUGCGAUUUAACCACCACCACAACGCAACAACGACAACAACAACCACCACUACAACAACAACGACAACAACCACUACAACAACUGCAACAAUGAACACCUUGCUUUGUGCAAGUUGUGCCGACCUCGCCAUUGUGCCCGAUGACACAGGCGGGGUUCAAGAAACCGGCACGUUCACCUACACG